CACUGCCUGCAAGAGCUCAUACUCCUCCAGGCCACCCAGUGCCUUCCCCAGGCCACCCAGCACCUGGCGGCUGCACCCCACCAGAAGAGAAUGGAAGGACCUCUGAUGAGCAAAUAUGGAACUAUGACUAAAGGCAGUGUAGAAGAUAACCGAUUUGGAUCAUCAUCCUCACUGAGGCUGGUCCUGGUGGGCAAAUCCGGCUGUGGGAAAAGUGCCACUGGGAACAGCAUCUUCUGCCAGCCUGUGUUUGAGUCCAGACUGGGGGCCCAGACUGUGACCCAGAGCUGCAAGGUGGCCACAGGCACAUGGAAUGGGAAGAACAUCCUGGUGGUUGACACGCCCUCCAUCUUUGAGGAAAAGUCCCAGGACCUAGAGAUGUACAAGGACAUCGGGGACUGCUACCUGCUCUCCGUCCCAGGACCCCACGUGUUGCUGCUGGUGACGCAGCUGGGGCGCUUCACUGCCCAGGACACGGUGGCAGUGAGGAGGGUCAAGGAGGUCUUUGGGGCAGGAGCCAUGAGACACGUGGUAGUCCUCUUCACCCACAAGGAGGACUUAGGGGAUGGGUCCUUGGAUGAGUAUGUAGUCAACACGGACAACCACAGCCUGAGGAGCCUGAUCCAGGAGUGUGGGAGGAGGUACUGUGGCUUCAACAACCGGGCCACUGGGGAGGAGCAGAGGGCGCAGCUGGAGGAGCUGAUGGCUGUGGUCGAGAGCCUGGAGAGAGAGCACCAGGGCGCCUUCUACACAAACGACCUCUACUUUGAUGCACAGAUGCUCAAGGAAGGCAGGGUCAGCACCACUGGAGAAGAGUACAGGCGUUACCUGGCCAAGGUGAAAGCGCACGUUGAAAAGCAAAAGCGAAUCCUGAUGGAGACCCAGAGUCACCGGGUGUCCAUCGUGCUCCUCAGAGUCAGAAAGUGGAUGCGUUCUAACAUUGGGUUAUCUGCUUUCCUUGUGAUCUGCAUUUUGAUUUUUCUUGCCCUUUUAAUUAAGUUGUGUAUUCCUUAAAGAUGCUGAGCAUUUUCAGCUGACUUCUACAAUUGACUUCUUUUUUUCUAAGACUCACCAUCUGUGUCUGUGUUUGUAAGAAACUUAGGUGCUUUUUGCUUAAGUUCAGUUUUCAUUUCUCUUCCUUGCAUUAGACAUGCCAUUCAUGUUCUCCUAGUGUUUCUAGAUAAAUAAAAUCCAAAGGAAAAUA